AUGAGCUAUAGCAAGGACAAUGUCUCUCUCUUUGACCACACGUCUAGUCCCUCAGUCGCUCCUGCCGCCACAGCUGAGCUUAGCGCCCAUUCCCGGUGGCAGACUCCUACUGCCACUUCUUUUGACUUCCUUGGUGCUGAGUCUGCUGGUGCUGCUUUUGCUCCUAGUGGGAGGCACCGCGACGGCAAGGGCAAGGGAGCCAAGAGUAGCGGAAGUGGCACAGGGGGGGAUGGUGGUGGAGGAGGUGGAGGAGGAGGAGGUGGCGGAGGGAGUGGUGGCGGGGGUGCUGGCGGGAGUGGUGGCGUCGGCGGCGGUGGUGGGAGUGGUGGUGGAGGCAUUGGUGGUGGAGGGGGUGGCGGAGGCGGUGGCGGUCGGGGCGGCGGUGGAGGCAGUGGUGGCGGUCGGGGCGGAGGGGCUGGCGCUGGGCAGAGACAGCAGCAGCAGCAAUGUCCCCGUGACCACGCUGGUCAGAGAUGCGGGAAGUUCCACACCCAGCACCGCUGUUUCUCCCGCCUUGACGACGCCUGGCGUGAGGAGAUGGGCGAGGAAGUCGAGCACCCUCGCUGGCAUGAGUUGCUUAGGGCUGGUGUAGACAUCUCUGCUCUUGACUAUGAUGCUCUCCUUGCUGCCAUAUAUGCAUUGAAUAUUAGUGCUGAGGAAGACUGUUACUUGUGUGUGCCGCCUGACCCAGGUAUAGAGGCUGCUGCCUUAGCGUGUGGCGAUCAGUACGUGCUCCCGGACCGGCCGCCACCUGGCCACGUUUACCCAUGGCCAGGGUCGAGUUUUUACAUACUGGUGAAUGCGCCUCCUCAGGUAGCUGCCACUGGUAAGGUGUCUGCGUCAGGUCUCUCCCUCCUCUCCCUGCCUCGCCUGCGCCUCCCUGCCUUCCUUGUGUCGAGUGGCGGCAGCGCGCUCCUCACUCCUCCUCGUUUCCCUCGACAGAGGCUCCCUUGCAGACCCUCCACAUGGACGUUUGGGGCCCAGCCCGCGUUCGUGGACGGGACGCUCCGCGAGCGGUUCCGCAAGGACCUCCCUAUCCUGCGUCUGCACUCUGGUAGAGGUGGUGAGUUCUCCUCCGACCUCUUGCGGGCCUUCUUUUAG